AUGACCACCCAAGACCUGAUGACCACUCAAGACCUGAUGACCACCCAAUACCUGGUGAACACUCAAGACCUGAUGACCACUCAAGACCUGAUGACCACUCAAAAUCUGAUGACCACUCAAAACCAAAUGACCACCCGAAACCUAAUGACCAGCCAAGACCUAAAGACCACCCGAAACCUAAUGACCACCGAAGACCUAAUGACCACUCAAGAUCUAAUGACCACUCAAAACCUAAUUACCGCCCAAGACCUAAUAACCACCCAAGUAUUCCCUCCAGCGCCUAGUACAAAUUCAGUUUCAGAGGCGAUUUCGAAAACUGUGACCACAGAAGAUCCCUCGCAAGCACAUUCAGUUCCAGCAGCAUCCCACGAUGAGCUCACGGUAUCUUCCACGACUCCUACUCCCCGUUUGACCAACACUCCUUCCAGCAAUCAACGGCUGUUGAUCAGUACAUCUUCUGUAGCGAAUCCUAAAACGAACAGGGCUAGAACGGAAUUGGAAUGGGAGAAAAAAGUGAAGGAAAUCCCAACAAUGCCAGUUAUUGCUCGAACCUUAUUCGAUGUGGCAUUAGAGCUAAAGGAUAUUCUGGAAACU